UACAGCCCGUAUUCACGGGCUGUACACAGGAAGUGAGUGGGCUACGUCCUGAUACGGGUCCGUUCAGGGGCCUGUAACGGCCCGUUUUAACCUACGGCCUGAAACGGACCUGUGGAUUUUUGGCUGUGUAGCCUAGUAGUCUUGUUUCAGCACUUCGCUAGUCAAAGGCGUAGAAAGGCUGCUGUAUUGAAGAGAAAGCGUGUGGCAAGACAGAGAAGACUGAAGUUAGCUAGAAAAAGAUCCCAAGAACGUUUGUUGCUUGCUGUUAUUACAUUAAUGCUUGCUGGAGGUUUGUGUACAUCUGAGAGGUUGCUGUGGUCGAAGAAGAGAAGUUCCUACUGGUGGGACUUCAUUGUAUGCAAGACGUUUUCCAGAGAUGAUUGGCUCGAUAAUUUCAGAAUGUCCCAGUCAACGUUCAAUUUCUUGUGCACUGAGCUAAGAACGUCUAUUCAGACACAAAUAUGAGGACACAAAUAUGAGGAAAGCUGUGCCUGUUGAGAAGAGGGUUGCUAUCACACUGUGGUAUCUGGCCACCAACUCUGACUAUCGCACCAUUGGACAUCUGUUUGGAGUGUCUAAGGCAACUGUUUGUAUUGUUGUCAAGGAAGUUUGUGCAGCUAUUGUUGAUGUUUUGAUGCCUAGGUGUGUUCGUAUUCCAACAGGUCACGAUCUAAGAACAGUUGUUGAUGGAUUCGAGAAUGAUUUUGGGUUUCCGCAAUGUGCAGGUGUGGUUGAUGGUACACACAUUCCAAUUGUGUCACCUGAAUAUUGUCCGGCCGAUUAUUACAAUCGAAAAGGAUGGCACUCUGUCAUUUUGCAAGGCACGGUAGACAAUGCUGGGAAGUUCACAAACAUUUACAUAGGAUGGCCGGGAAGAGUGCAUGACGCCAGAGUGUUUGUAAACUCAAGUUUGUAUAUGAAAGGUCAAGGCGGUACACUGUUUCCUGAUUGGAAGCAGACUAUCUGUGGCCAAGCUGUUCCACUGUUGGUGCUUGGUGAUCCUGCGUACCCUCUCCUUCCAUGGUUGCUAAAGGCUUUCAUUGAUCAUGGCUCAUUGACAGCUGAGCAGAAACUCUUUAACUACAGGCUAAGCAAAGCCCGUGUUAUUGUUGAACAUGCAUAUGGAAGGCUAAAAGGUCGAUGGCGGUGUCUCCUGAAGAGAAAUGAUGUUUUAAUUAGGGACGUGCCUUGCUUAAUUGCUGCUUGUUGUGUUCUCCAUAACAUAUGCGAAGACUGCCAUGAGACAUUCCAUGAUGAUUGGAUACAAGAUGAAACGGACUCUACUCUAAACAGCCCCAGCUUACCUUCGUCUUCAACAGUAGCUAAUAGUGGCAAAGAUGUACAAAAAGCUUUAAUGAUAUACUUUUCUCAGCAAUAGAGUUACCAUGGCAAACUUAAAAUAAUUAUUUAUUAAAUGUACAGUAAUUAAUCAAUGACUGACUGCUGUAUGAAUAUGAUUGUGUAA